AGCUCCUUCGCCGGCUGCCUGCCACCCUCAUUCGUUCACUCCACUACCUAGCUACCUAUCAAACGAGCCUCGAAGGCCCCUCAGCAACAGCGCAUUCAGCCUCUUCGUUUCCCUACCCGUCUUCCCGAACAACGACGCUGCCGUCUGCCUAUCCACUGGUCUAAUUAACACCUGGACUUAUAGCCGGACCCGCACCCUUGCCCUCCGUCGCCGUGCCUAGUCCACUCCGCCAGCACAGCAUCGUUCAAACGUCCCACCCUUCCACGCUCUUUCAUCGCGCCCACGCCAGCCCAUGUGCAACGCCCUCACACCCUCGCUCUAUCCGCAUCUCCGUUGGUAGCUGAACACCCCGGACACACACCGAGAGAGGAGGACACGGCCAGGCUGGUCUUCCAGCGCCGCCACCAUGGCAACCCCGUCGUCCACCGCCCUCAGGCCGCGCAGGUCAGCGUCCUCGAGCCAGUCGACCAGCACCGGCGAACAGAUCAUCGGCCAGUUCAAGCGCAUGGAUCACAUCGGGAAGGGCAGCUUUGCGGAGGUCUACCGCGGCAUUCACAUUGAAAAGCGCGCUUCGGUCGCCAUCAAGUCCGUCAACAUGAGCAAGCUCAAUAAGAAACUCAAAGACAACCUCGUGUCCGAAAUCACCAUCCUGCGCAGUCUGCAUCAUCCGCACAUCGUCGCGCUCAUCGAUUGCCAGGAAACGCCGGCACGCAUGCACAUCAUAAUGGAGUUCUGCGAGCUUGGUGAUCUGUCGUCGUUCAUCAAGAAGCGUGGCGAUCUCGUGAACCACCCGCAAACCCAGCGCAUGAUCGAGAAAUACCCUAAUCCGGCCGUCGGCGGAUUAAACGAAGUGAUUGUCCGCCAUUUCGCAAAGCAAAUGGCUAGCGCCCUAGAGUUUCUGCGGUCCAAGAACUAUAUCCACCGCGAUCUCAAGCCCCAGAACCUGCUACUGAAUCCGUCAUCGCUAUACUACUCGCAGAGCGGAACUCUCGAGCGUAUGCCUCUAGCCGCCGAUGCCAACUCGCUAAUUCCCGCCACCGGCGUCGAGUCUCUCCCCAUGCUCAAGAUUGCUGAUUUCGGGUUUGCUAGAAUCUUGCCAACCACCUCCCUGGCUGAAACCCUGUGCGGCUCUCCUCUGUACAUGGCUCCGGAAAUCCUGCGAUAUGAGAAAUACGAUGCAAAGGCUGAUCUGUGGUCUGUGGGAACCGUGCUAUUCGAAAUGAUGUGUGCUCGACCUCCGUUCAGAGCGAAUAAUCAUGUUGAGCUCCUCCGCAAGAUCGAAGACCGGAAAGACCACAUUAGGUUUACAGAAGGCAUUGUCGCUAGUAGGGCAAUGAAGAACCUUAUCCGCGCCCUGCUUAAGCGAAAGCCGACGGAACGCAUGUCCUACGAGAACUUCUUCUCUGAUCCCGUCGUUCGCGAUGACAUCCCUGGCCUCGUCGAUGAAGAUCUCCCGCAAGCUUCGGAACCGGAGCCUAUCGCUCAAUCUAAGCGAAUGCAAAAGAUGCCAGCCGAGAUAGAUCGACGUACCUCAGAAAGCCCCUACUCGCAAUCCCCACGAGAAAAGACCCCAUUUGGAACGACCCCGCCGUCGCGACCAACUUCUCGGCCUACAUCCGGACAGUACUCUGGAACUCCGCCCCGGCCUGCAUCAGGACGACGGAUGAGCAAUACCCCGCUAUCUUCGAUCGAACAACAUCCGUCUCAGCGGGAGCGGCGCCCCAGCUUGCUAGGUGCUGUUACUGCACCUGUCCGACCAACAACUCUUCAGGAUCCAAAUCCAGAGCCUGCAUCAGCAGGGUCGAGACGCCGUUCUAUUCGGGAUGAGCAUCUGCCUCCAGCGUCUGGCCUCAAGGAACAUCUCGAUCGCGAGCGCAUCCCGCAACGGUCAGAAGUCAAUGCAAUGAGAGAAGCGGCAGAACGAGCCGCACAAGACAUUGCGCUCGACGACGGGUUCGUCUUCGUGGAGAAGCGUCGCGUGGAGAUUGAUGCACUAGCGGACGAGAUAGCUGCUAGCCCACAGACAGCUAGGGACCGCAUGUCAACCCGAGAAGCUACUAUGAAGCGCCGAGCCACAACGCAAGGGUCGCCGACAUCCAUCACAGGCGCAACCGUUCCUUCCAGGGCUAUUCAGAUCCAACAAAAGCAGACACCGAUGCACCAACGGACGGGCUCCUACGAGCGCCGAUAUCGCCCAAGCUUCGAGAGUGCAACGUCCGCGUUGUCAAAAGCCAUGAAUAUGGUCAACAUCCGCGGUCUUGGACUUUCUCCGCCGAUGAUGAAAGGGGUAUCUCCGCCUCAGGGGUACGCUGCGUUUCCAGUCUAUCCCACCGCUCAAAGCAGUCUCCUACUUGUUGGCGAUGGCGGCAAGACGACAAGCAGAGACGAGGACGCGGCGAUCGUGAAGAAGAUUGAAGAGCUUGCGCAGCUGAGCCACGUGGUCUAUGGCUUCGCAGAAGUCAAAUACAAGCAGCUAGUUCCGCUAGCGCCUAGUGAUCAAGGCCUCGGAAUAGGUCCCACUGGUGUCAGAAAGCCCGGCCAGGAGACACUAGAAGAUGACGAGGACGACGAUCUGACGCCCGAUACGGUCCUGAUUAUCUCCGAGGAAGCUUUGGUUCUCUACGUCAAGUCUCUGGCGAUGCUCAACAAGGCCAUGGACAUCACGGGAAACUACUGGAACCGCCACCGUCGCAGCCCAUCUCCCGAAGGCGCAAGUCGAGCAGCAGCGAACAUAGAACGCCUCAAUCGAGUCGUGUCUUGGGUGCGCGAACGCUUCAAUGAGUGCUGCGUUAAGUCGGAGAUUGUGGCGCGCAAAUUGAAGCAAGCUCAGGUGCAGCUGCCUUUGGACCAUCCAAGCCAUCCCCAGAAUCACUCUGCAGCUUCCGGCUCCGCUACGACUGUUGGCUCCGCCGACAAUAUCCUUCUUACCACUGGGGUGACCGCAGAGAAACUGAUGUAUGAGCGUGCUCUUGAAAUGAGCAGGACAGCUGCAGUGAACGAACUUGUGGGAAGUGAUCUACCCGGAUGCGACUUGAAUUACUGGACCGCCAUUCUGAUGCUGGAAGCGAUUCUUGAGGAGGAAGAUGAGACUUCCAGUCGCAAGCUCGACGGCGAAGAAAUUAAUGGAUUGGAAACCGAAGAUCGCCAAUCCAUUCAGAAGCUCUUAGAGAGCAUGAAAGGGCGACAUCGAGCUCUCAAGAAGAAGAUGGAACUGCAGAAAGCCCAAAAGCGAGCCUCCAUCACAAGCGCUCCGGCUCCACAUCCGGCCACUCGUAGCUCGCCUUCGUCCCAAGGCACUGCGAGGUAGCAAUGACCGAUCCAAGCGAUCAAAAGUCCCGCUAGGUGGGGACACUACAGCAUCAGCAUCCGCAACCACAGCAUUGCAUAUCACGGCGUUCGGUGAGGAGGGGCGUUCGGCCUCUCCCCUUCUCUUAUUUGUGUUUGGGUCUAUUUGACAUACUCUAGUAUUUGUUUCGUUUCCUCUCUCCUGUACCUGGAUACACGUUUCCAUCAAUCACUACUUCU